AGACAGAAAAUGUUGUUCAUUUGGUCUGAUGUGAUAAUUUUAUUCUCAAUUCUGUUUUUUUGAUUGUUUAUUUGUUCGUUUUUUAUUCUUUUAGCUAAAUCUUAAUUACAAUUUAAUAAAUUUGAUCUUCGCCACAAUUUUAGAUCCGAAUGGUGGAGAUGAUUAUUCAAGAGCCGGUACAGGCAACUAUCUGGUUCAUACUGAACCACUAUUCUUACAAGGAUGCAAUAUUUUUAGCUGAAAGAUUGAAUGCUGAAGUUGCUUCCGAGGAAUCUCUCUACCUUUUAGCGACUUGCUAUUACCGAGCAGGAAAACAAGUUGCUGCUUAUUCUAUACUUUCAAACAAGAGCUUCAAAUCAUCUGAAUGUCGUUUAUUACUGGCCCGAUGUUGCUGUGAUCUUAAAAAAUAUGGUGAAGCCGAAGAGGCUUUAUUGGGUAAAUUUAACUGUUUGGAGAAAAGUGGCAGCUGUAAAGGUGGCCUCUCAUCAGAAGACAUUAUACAAGAAUUUGGUAAAAGUGCCGCAUUCGCAGCUCAAAUGUUGGCUUUAAUUUGUAGUAAAACGGAACGAUACGAAAAGGCUGUCGACUAUUAUCUAAAAAGUUUAAAAUUCAAUCCUUUUCUGUGGUCAUCGUUUGAAAAUCUGGUUAAACUUGGUGCUAAACCAGAUUCAAGUAAAAUAUUCAAUAUAAAUAAUAUAGACUUUUCUCUGUGUCAUGGGAAUAAUCCUUUGGUUACUUUAUGGAAUAGCAAUGUUAAAGGAAGUUUUGACAACACUAGUCAAGGAACUGGAGGUAGCCAAGUGACAGUUCCCAUAAUCAAAGAGCUCAAUCAGCCUGUCGAAAUCCACUCACCUUUUGCCCUGAUAAAGCCGACAAAUGAUAACGGAACCAUUGACGUUAUUACACCAGAAUCUAAUUCAUGGGUAACAACUUGUCUCGCUCCUCAAAAGGCUCAGCCACUGACCAAGAUUACUAGACGGAGUGCAAAUGUUUCCUCUGAAAGAAUUUCUCCUACCACUGUGAAAAGAGCCGAGACACCGAGUGGCACCGCUUCCAGAUUGAGUUUUGGUGUAUUUCCAUUAAUAGAUUCUACCCCACCCAUACAUCUUUGUACUCUUGGACCAAAUGAAAAUAUUGACACUUCAGAAAUUCGUAAUGCAAACAUGCAAAGUGAAAGAAUAACUCGAGCUCCUGCCAAGAAACCUCAGACCCGUCGAAGUCAUGCAAUCCAAGGAGUGACCACACGUAAUAAUGUUAGUAGACCAGUAAUCUUUAGCCAAUCAGCGCAUAUAAAUACUCAACCAGGAGAAUUAGGAUUUCAAGCUCCUUCUACAGUAACUAAUCAAUCAACACUUGGAACAACAGGUCUUGGAUUGAGACGCUCAUCCAGAAUAUUCAAUAGCUCUUCUUCUGUGAAAGAAAAUAGUAAAUCAACACCAAGGAGUAUCAAUCAAGAAAAUAAUAAAAGAGCAACCAGUUCAAAGACUCCUACAAAAAAGACGAGAAAACAAACUAAUUCAUCAAACAAUAUAACUAGUUCUUCAUCUACAUUACAGCAAAAAGAAAUGGAGCUCAAUGAGUUGAAUAAAGCUGAACCCAUAAAGUCAAAUCAACAGUCAGGUUUCAUCUCCGAGGAAGUUAAACAAGCCGGAUUAAAGAUGCAACGUGCGUCCGCUGAGGGUUUACUUAAUCUAUUGGUUGAUCUCGCCAACGCAUCCCUUUGCCUAGGACAAUUCCAUUGUACCAAAGCCAUCAAAAUUUUAAUGAAUUUGCCUCAGAAACAAUUCAACACUGGAUGGGUACUAAGUGGAAUUGGACGAGCUUACUUUGAAAUGUCCAAAUAUGAAGAAGCUGUUAAAUAUUUCGAAGAAGCUCACAAGGUUGAACCACAUCGACUUCAGGGUACAGAGUAUUAUAGUACUGCUCUUUGGCAUUUACAGAGAGAAAUAAAAUUAUCAAUGUUAGCUCAAGAAUGUAUUGAGUUUGACAAAAAUGCUCCACAAACAUGGUGUGUUGCGGGCAACUGUUUUGGUCUUCAAAAGGAACACGAGACAGCUAUAAAAUUCUUACAACGGGCUAUUCAAGUGGAUCCCGACUUUGCUUAUGCUUAUACUCUUUUGGGACAUGAACUUGUGCUCACUGAAGAAAUGGAUCAUGCCAUGGCCUGUUUCCGAAAUGCGAUACGAAUCGAUGCAAGGCACUAUAAUGCUUGGUAUGGCAUCGGAAUGAUCUAUUAUAAACAAGAAAAAUUCCAACUCGCAGAGUUACAUUAUCGAAAAGCUCUUUCAAUAUCAUCAUGUUCACCAGUUCUUUUGUGUCACAUUGGAGUAGUUCAAAAUGCUUUGAAAAAGACUGAAAGUGCUUUGACAACUUUGAAUAAAGCCAUCGAAAUGGAUCCCAAAAAUGCACUUUGUAAAUUUCAUAGAGCAUCCAUAUAUUUUUCAAUGGAAAAACACCAAUUGGCGUUGCAUGAAUUAGAAGAAUUGAAGCAAAUUGUGCCAAAGGAAUCAUUGGUAUACUUUUUAAUUGGAAAGGUCCACAAACGUUUAGGUAAUACGCAUUUAGCGCUAAUGAAUUUCUCUUGGGCUAUGGAUUUGGACCCUAAAGGAGCCAACAAUCAAAUCAAAGAGGUCAUCGAUAAACAAUAUGCCAAUGAUGAUGACGAGGUUGUUGUUUGUCUAGACUCUGGAGAUGAAACAUACAAUUCAAAUUUAGUCAAUGAGAGCUCGGAAAGUUCAUUAAGGCCUCGAUCUCACCUUCAUCGUGAAUCCCAUUCUUCUUCAAUGGAAGACGAAGAUGAUGAUGAUGCGGACGAAGAUUAUGUUCCAAAUAACGAUUUAAAUAACGAUGGCGGUGAACUUAUGGAUGAAGGUGUUUAAGGAUAGAUUAGAUUUAGAUAGAUUUUGUUUAUUUUAUUUCUCCUUCUUCUUUUUUUGUUGCUCUCAUCCAAAACACAACAACUUUCGGGGAACUUAAUCGUCUCUUUGCUCCUUUUUACAUAAAAAAUGAACGUGAAGCUUUGGAGCACACACAAAAUACACACACACAUACACAACUACACCAACACAUAACUGUAUACACACACACACCUUCAUAUAUUAUACUUGAAACUAUCAAACAAUUGAGCAACAAUUUAAAAGACCUGUGAAAAUUGAUAUUUAAUGCUUCUUAUAUUAAAUCAACUUGAACAUAUUCGAAGUUUAA